UGUUUCCCACAUGCCCAACAAAAUUUCAGUCAACCAGACGUAGUCUCAGUUUUUUUGUUUUUCCUAUAUUCCCAACUACAACUACUCAAAUCCUCCGGCCGGCCAGAAGAUGUAUUCUAUUCCACAGCAAGUAACCCAUCAGACACAGACUGUACCCCAGCCGAAUCCGCAUCCAGUAUGUGUGCCCCUCCUGAUGGUCGAUGAGGAUGGCAAGAAGAGAUAUUGCUAUCAUGGUGGCAAAUGUCGCUGUGAGAAUUGUGCAAAGAUUCGGCAACAGCAAAUGGAUGAAAUGGAUAGACAACUCUUUGCCUAUAUUGAGCAUGAUCGUUUGAAAUUGGAGCCAAGCAUUCGACAGGUGAGACCAAGGCAAUAUCGUUUGGAGGCCACCAGGACUUCGCCCGAAAUGGCUAUGCGUUUGCUUAAGGAUCAUGAGAAAUUGCGAGCGGAGAAUCCUCUCUAUUAUUUGCCAUACAAAUAUUAUAUGGGCAGGAAUGCUUGGAGAGUGCCGGGACCACAACAUGUGGGCACCCAAACCGAAAUCCGUAUAGGUAACUGGGGCAUUGACGGUUGUCCUUGUGCCGAUAAAACCGCCUGCUGGGAUAUAUAGGAUAAAAAAAAAACUGCUACAUCAUCAAAGUUACCCAUCAGCUAAACUUACACCAAAAUCAAAACCACUUUGAGAAUUAAUUCAGGCCAGUUUAA